ACUUGUAAGUAUUUAUUAUUAAUUUUUUUAAUUUAGUGUUCAGUAUUUCGUUCAUUUUUUGUUAUUCUGUUUUUGUGCGCCAUCUAUUGGUCAACGACUGAAUUGUUUGAUAUUGUGUAUUUUAGACGUUUUUGGGAACCCUGCACAGUCUUAUCAAAUAUCGCUAGCGGAACAUACGUUUACUGGCUUACUGCCUUUAUUUUGAAUUAAUCUGGAUGGAUAGUGUGAACGUGUGAUAGACGAUAGUGGUAUUUAGUUACGAUACUGUUCUAUUUAUAAGUGCAGUUUUGGUUUUUACAUAAAAAUGAUAAAUGACGUUAUACAGUUAAGUGUCCAACUGUAGUUGUCUACUUGUCUGUAGACUGUAACCAUACAUCGUUGAAUGCAGGCACCGGUAAUGUGAUAUCUGCGAUUGUAAUUUUUGUUUGUGUAUUAUAGUAAAAAAUAAAAAUACCUAGUGACCAGUACUGACUAUGACGUCUGAUUGCCUUAAUAAACAUUAAUAAUAAAUUAAAAAGCCAGUCGAGAAGUUGACCGCCUUUUGCCGUCUGCGGGGUCUAUGCUGUUCCCCCUUUCUUUACUUCUUACCAAUUAUAAGGUACCUACUUAUUGUUGCUGCGUCUGAUUCAAUUUUACAAUUAAUACAGGCAAUACAGCUAUUCAAAUUAAUUUCAUCAAAUAAUUGAAGUAAGCCGAUCAUAAUUAUAUAUUACACAGCCACCUAUUGACUAAUGUUUCAUGAGUGUAAACUGCUUAUUAUAUUAGUAUUUACUAUUAAGUACGUUUUUUAUAAACUAGGUAAUUAGAUAACUAGGGUAAGUGUUGCUGUAAUGAUGUUCAAACAUUUAUGAUUCAUAUUUAUACAAUAUUAAUUGUUGCAUAUUUAUUAUCUCAGUAUAAAUUUUUAAGACAAUGCCAGAAUGAAUGCUAAGAUAGUCUGAUCUGUAAUGAAAUCAUACCUACCAUCUUAUAACUCUAUAUCAUUUUUUUAACUUUUACAGAUAGUGUUUAAGCUUGCAACGGGUCCAUAGUGACUGCAAUUAUAUAAGAUAUUUUUGUACAGUUUAAUAGAAAUUGUUGAUUAUUUUUUUUGUUAUCAUGGAUUCAUAUAACAUUGUUGGCGUACUAGGACGUGGAGCUUUCGGAGUUGUUGAACUGGUUAGAGACUUUAAUUUAAAGAAAUUAGCUGUGAUGAAAACCAUACAUAUAAAAUCCAUGUCAACAGAGAAUGUAAAGGAAGCUAUCAAGGAAAUUCAAAUUCUUCAAAUGUUAAAUCAUCCAAACAUCAUCAGAUAUUAUAAUAGUUUUCAAAAUAAUCAAAGUUUUCAUAUUAUUAUGGAGUAUGCCAUACACGGAACUUUAGAAAACUUUGUUAAUAAAUGUUCACUAACUUCAAAUUAUAUUCCUCAAAAUUGUGUAUUAAAUAUAUUUAGUCAACUUACCAUGGCUGUGGAUUAUAUCCACAAAAUGAAGAUUAUACAUAGUGAUAUUAAUCCAAUGAAUAUAUUAUUAACAGGGAGUCAAGGCACAAUAGUAAAACUUGGAGAUUUUGGAUCUUCCCACAUAUUAACCAGUGACAAAAUUGUUGGUGAAAAUUGUUGUACGCCAUGUUACAUGUCUCCAGAGCAUUGUUUUGGGAAACCUCUGAGAUUAAAAAGUGAUAUAUGGCAAAUUGGUUGUGUUUUAUACUAUUUGAUUACUACAAAACAUCCUUUUCAUGCAGAGAGUUUAGCAGAUACAAUAUCAAGCAUUGUAGAAGGAGUUUUGAGUAUUUCUGAAAAAAUGAACUUUUACGACAAUGAUGUGAUAAGGCUUUUGCAUGAGUUAUUAAAUCGUGAUCCAACAGUUCGACCUAACGCAUCUGCUAUACUUUCAAAUCCAUAUAUAUUACCCUAUGUAUUGAACAGCAAUUGUCAAUGGUUUAAAUCUGGUAGGAAAUCUUUGAACAAAAAUUAUUAGAUGCAUUCACUGACACAUUUUUUUUUUGUUAUUUAAGUAUAUAAAUAAGUAAGAAGUAAUUAUUAA